AUGCGCGUAAAAGAUAUUGAUGGAACUUUCUCUCGGAUCGAUCAUCCACAGUCGUUAAGAGGCAAUGUCAAGAUUUAUGAUGAUGAUCAUCGGGAUUACACCUCUUCAACGACAACAAACGAUAAGAAGAAGAGAAGAAGAAAUGAACGUUUUGAAUUUUCCUUCAUACUUGAAGAUGUCCCGAAUAACGAUGAUGAUGAAAAAGAAGGAAGCAUCUCUUCACCCGGAGGAACAAACUGCAUACAAGUUGCCUUUUCUAAAACACGGCUAUCGGAUGUAGACUUUUCAGACUGGAUGAAUAUAUGUACUUUUGGGAGAAAAUUAAUCACUCUGCAAAAUGUGUCUGUUGAGCCUUGUAUUGACUCUGAUAGCGACUCGGAAUAUGAAACUGAGGACGAAUCAAUAAGCUGUUGUCAUCCAUAUAGAAUUAUCAUUGAUAAGGAUUCUUUGGUUCAAGUGGAUGAUGUUCUCUAUGAUCUAGAAUAUGUAGAACCAAAGCAACAGCUUGUCACUAAGAAGAAAAAGCCUGGAUAUGUCUAUACAAAGAUUUCAGAAAUUCAUAAUGAUGGAACCUAUAACAUUUAUGGAGUGGUUUGCGAUUACAAAACAAGAAGAAAAACGGACAUGAGAACAUUUACCAUGACUCUUAAAGUUAUUGAUGAGAGCAGUACAGCCUCAACCGCAAGUGUUGGCUUUCUGCUUGUGACAAUUAAUCACAACAACGAAAAGAAUGUAUCUAAUUGUCAUUGUGUUGGUCAAAUAUUUAGAUGUCAUCGAUUAGUUGUGAAAAAGACAAAAUAUGGAUAUCAGGGAAAUGCAGGGCCUGGAUUUGAUUACUUUUUCAUCAACUCAACACUAGAUCAACCAGUCCCAGACGAUCUUUUAUACAAGAAGUCAUUCUCAGAAGAAGACUUUACACGUAUUACGGAGCUCAAAACUUUCUCUAAUCAUUUCUUCACUCAGUCGUUUGAUGUGGUGAAACAUAUUCCAGUGAUUGCCUCAGAACAACAGUACUUACGUGAUUUGGCUGGAGUUAAAAACAGAGCAUCCAUGGUUGAUGUUGGGUUCUUCAUGGAUGUUGUGUGUAGAGUGGAAGAAUGGAAUAAUGAUGGAGGACUUGUAUUAUUACUAACAGUUGACGACUUGACUUCAAAAGCUAAGGUUUCGAUCAAAUCGAAUGAAGUCAUUGAUUACUUGGAACAAGAGGUGAAAUAUAUUUUCAACGAGAAUAGACAAGUUUGGGUUAAAUUAAGGAAUGUUCAAUGUCCACCAAUUACUGAGUGGGCAGAUGGUAGCUAUGUCCCUCUCGGAUUAUUCAAUGGGUCUGUGGUCAUUCUUCCACAGAAACAUUUCUACAUUACUCGAUGCUUAGAAAAAUCUAGGAACCACAAUGCUCUUCCUCCAUCGACCACAGCAAUUGUGUCGUCUCAUGCCUCUCUGAAAGGUCAAGACUAUAUUGAACACCUCUCUCCAAUUAUUACCAUCACUACCAAGGUUGACUAUUCACAGGCACCCAUUACACCUCUAUCGGAAAUUAUUCACAACCCAGUGAUACCUUACAAGUACAGAACCAGAGCAAAGGUUGUGGAUUAUUACCCAAAACAAAUUGAAGAAUUUACGAGACCCAACAAGAUCCCACAGACACCCUCCUCGUCAAGUAUUCUUCAAGAAUAUCGAUAUUUAUUCCAGAUCAAGCUUGUGGAUGAAACAGGUUCAAACGCUUUGACAUUGUUUCUUUUUUGA